GCUGUCACCAUGUGAAUUGACACCACCCUGCGAACACCAGACAAGACAGAUGAUAAACAAGUAUUAGGACAGAUUGUUUUCACAAACCCGAGUGAAUAUUCGUCCCCCGAGACUCGCAACAUCCCCGCAGUCCCUAUGCUAUACAAGGCAUGGCAGAGAGACAGGACAAUGAGGUGGAGGAGGCUGACCAGAUCUACCUGCUGAUGAAGGACGAGUAUCGGAUCUCCAGGAAUGUGCGUCUGGCCUGGUUCCUGGGUAAACUUAACCAAGUCAUCUGGCCGGCCUCAAAGCCUGAACUGCUGAACUCAGAGAAUGAACUGGACUUGCUGAGCAUCUUACCUAAAGGAUGGCAGCCGGAUUUCCCCCCCACCAUGUACCCCUACAUGUUGGUGCCGUCCACUCGGGCCACCUUCCUGGCCCGGAGGUACCGCUUCAUCAUCGAGCUGGACCUCAGCCCCUCCACAGGGAUCGUGGAUGACAGCACAGGAGAGAUGAUCUUCGAUGAGGUGUUUCAUGCCUUAUCCAGAUGUCUGGCAGGUCUGGCUCAGCCAUUUCAAGUCCCUGGAACCGAUCAACUUUUCAAGCCUAAGAUCUUCAUCACCAUCUUGGCGUACUCAUCAAUUAUUGGCCUCACCUCCCAUCAGGUUUUGGUACAGGGCUGUCAGCUUGAUAGAACAGACCUCAAUGAGUUCCUGCAUCACAUCUAUCAGCAGCUCCGAGCGGUGGAGAGCAACAUCGCACAAGUCCUGCAUCAGCAGCAUGAACAGUCUGUGGAGCCAGUCCAAAGCUCAAGUCUCAAUAGCAGCACUUUGGAUGAGCAGCCCCACAGGAAGCAGGGCAUUUCCAUGGUGUCAGCUGAUAUGGGUCUCGUCAGCAUGGUACGCCAGGGCAUCCUGGCCCUUCAGCUGCUGCCCCCAAACUCCAGUGCAGGUAUCAUUAUAAUCACAGAUGGAGUGACCAGUGUUCCUGAUGUAGCCAUGUGUGAAACACUACUGAACCAGCUCAGGAGUGGAACCAUUGCCUGCUCCUUUGUGCAGGUCGGUGGUGCAUACUCCUACGACUGUAGCUUUGGCUACAUACCCAACGUAGAGCUGAUGAAGUUCAUCUCAUUAGCUACCUUCGGUUCAUACCUGCCCAGCUGCCCUGAAGUGGACCUGAACAGCCUGGAGAUGAAUGCCUACCACAAGGCCUUCUUAACCUAUUCCUUCCUCAAGACCCCUGAGUCUAUGAACUCAGAGUACUUCUGUGUUUCCCAGCACAAACUCUUCAAUGAGCACCUGGUGUCAGCCAGUGGUAACCCUGCCCUGGUCAUGAGGAGGAAGAAGCACACAGAGAAGGAAGUCCAUGCUCAUUUAAUCAGCGUAGUGUCUGUGCGACUGAGAGAGGGCUACACCAUCAGAGAGAUCAGCCUCACCAAAGGUGGGACUCAGCUGGAGGUGAAGCUUGUGCUCUUAUGGAAACACAACAUGCAUAUCGAGUACCUGGCAGCCGCCUCAUGGCCAUUGGACCUCACCAAGAGAACCACCAGGGUGGAGGUGACGAUGGAGGGAAGCUACGACAUCCUGCAUGACAUAAGCUGCACCCAGAGGAAACCCAUCACCAGCCCGUAUCGCACCUCUGUCAUCCGACGCUUUUGGAACACACUGCAGAGCAUCAACCAGACUGAUCAGAUGUUGGUGCACCUCCAGUCGUUUAAUUCAAUUCCUGAGAACUACAUGAUUCCUGAGAGCACAAAAAAUGGAGUUCCUCUGUUCUACAUCCCUCCCGGCUCUACUACUCCGGUUCUGUCGUUGCAGCACAGUGGAUCCAAAGACUCCUCUCAGUCCCAGUUUGCCUCUUACUGGAAGCCCAUCCUCUCCAUGGACGCUAACUUCUGGCAGAGAUGGCUGCACAUGCAUCGCAUUGCUAUCAUCCUCGAACACGACAUGCCUGUCCCCAAACACCUGCACACAGCUGGAAACAAUGGACGUUACAGCACCAUUCAGUGUCGUAUCUCCCACUCUGCCCUCACAUCGCUGCUGAGGGACUGGAGCAGCUUUGUGCUGGUGGAGGGUUACUCGUAUGUCAAACUCAUAUACAGUUCAUCCGACCAGCCUCCCACCUCCUUCUACCUGGUCCGCCUCAUCUCCAAGACGCCCUGCAUGGUGCUGCGUCUGGGCUUCCCCAUCGGAACACCAGCCCACAUCAGAAACAAGAUUGUGGACGAGCUGCGAGAGCAGAUCCUCAAACUACGCUUCCCUCAUCGUGUUCAGAACAAAGAGGCCACCCCCAAAACCAAGAGGAAGGUUGUUGGCCAUCCGUCACCCUCCAAAUCCCCCUCCAUCCCCGCUCCCAAGCCAGCGCUGUCAGACAGACCCUGUGUGGUGGUGCUUAAUAAGCCCUUGGAGAAGCUGCUCAUAAGGUAUGAGAAGCUGCCGCUGGACUUCAGGACUCCCUUCAUUUUCAACAUGGAGAACUUCCCUCAGCCCUCCAACAGCGCCGUCCCCCUCAGCAUGGCGGCCAACAGGACAGCCUCCUCCACCCUGGCCUCCCUGUCCCGUUACUUCCUGCACCAGCGCUGGGUGUGGGCUGUGCAGUGCAGCCAGGGGUCCACCGUGGCCAUGCAGGCCGUGGCACACAUCCUGUCCAUGCUCUCCGAGAUCCGCGUAUCAGAAGGCUUCCACUUUGCUGCCAGCGGAGAGGGCAUCGUCAACCUGGUGAUGGAGCUGCCGAUGAAGGGCAUGUCAGGGGACACGGACAGAGAGAGUCACUCUUGUAUUGUUCAGUACAUCCUAUUUCCACCUCACUCUACGUCUACUAAGGACAGCUUCUCCACUGAUGACGACAACGACACUGAGGUGGAGGCCGUAGACAUGGACACAGAGCUGAACCUUGUCACAGAGUGCUGGGUGGAACCACAGUGUGGCACGGUGAUGAACUGCAUGGACCAACAUCGCCACUUCCAGGGCCUCAAGUACCAGGAGAUCCCCCAAGCAAUCUUCCCAAGGGAUCUGGCCUGUAUGUCCACCAUGAUGACCUUUGAGUAUUUGUGUCAACUGUGUCAGAAUAAAGACCAGGUCUGCUCGCUGCCGGCUGGACUCAAGGAUGUGAGAGGAGAUGCCCUUGCCUCUGAGGACAGCAUUCACAUGGUUCCUUUCCAGUUUGAUCUCCUUCAGCUGCUCCCCAAAUGCCAGCAGGUCGAGCUCUUCUUCCUCACAUUCAGCACAGCAGUGGAGACUGGGGAGCAGGUUCAUAGCUCCCCCUGUCUGCCCAACGAGCUGCUGCUCAGCCUCUUCCACAGCAGCCUGGAGCACGAGCUCAGCGACAGAGAAAUCCCGCUAGCUGACAGUGACCAUGUCACCUUCAUGCACCACAUCUUAGAGCGAGAGCGAGACGGACAUACCGCUCCUUUCUCUUUACCUGUCAUUAAAGAGGAGUGUGUGAAACCACCAGACAGACAGGACACAAUGACGUCAUUCCACACCACUGGCAGCAGCAAGGAGGUGAUGGGAUCCACCAGCACUUUACAGAGUUUCAGUAAUGCAGACCUUGUGGAUGAAGAGCCCUUGCUGGGGGAGAGGAGAUGCUCUACGCCACAGUGGAGGUGUUACGCCAAGUACAUCAGCUCCCAGCAGAUCCUCCUCACCUUCCUCCCUGCUUCCUUCACAGAUGUUCUGAUGUUGAUGGCGUCAGGGCUGGAGACUGAGCCUCAGAGUAACGUCAGCACACAGGAAGAUGACACUCUGACUCCCAGCAACAAAUCUCAGGCCGACUCCCUGUCUGGCUCCACCAGUGGGCUGGAAAGGUCAGAGUCCGGCCUCGGUCUGGCCGGUAAACUGCGAAGGAGCUCCAGCAGCGGACAGCUCAAUGCCAGGUCCCCUGUGCUCUCACCAUGGUCCGAGGGCCAGACUGGGCCCACUGACUCCCUGAUGGACCAGGAAAGCUGGGACACUAGAAUGUCUGAGAGAGAGGCCGGGACCCCAGCCUCAGAUCUGGGAGAAAAAGAAGGAGUACAGUUCUCUGAACCACAGAAGGCAGAUUUCCACAUCAGCUUCAGCCGGCAGGUUUCUCAGCAGAGUACCAGUGACAGCAGCCUGUUGAAGUGUCCAGUCUAUGUCUACAACUGCUCCCUGGAGCACCUGAGGGAGCAACUGGUACACCCCAACUCCAGCCGUCAACCCAGGGACAUCUUCUUCAGAGCUCAAGAUGCUGAAUCCUGGGAGAUGAAUCAGCAGAUGAAGUUCAGGUCACUGUCUCAGGACCGCAGCAGCCCGUCCCCUUGGACCGACCUCCUGGCUCAGCCUCACAAACACAAGGAGCUGGCCAACUACUGCAGCCUGCUGCAAGAGCAUUACCACCAGAGCUACGUCAAAGGUGUGUACCGCAGCCUGCAGCAGUCCUACAGCAUCAACUCCCAGGAUGUCCUGAUGGCCAUGGAUUACUGCGAAGAAUCCCUGCAGGAGAUCGACGUCACUUCUUUCCUGCACACGGUCUGUGGACACAUCCGGGUCUUUAGGGAGCACGGUAAGGCUCCGGCAUGGAAACCUUCAAGGAGCCCUGCCACCUUUGUCAUCGGAGAGGCUGAGGAGGAACGGACAGAUUAUAGGGCUGCCCUGGCCUCCUCGUCCAGCAUUGAAAUGGAUGAUGUCAGUGAAGCUGAAUCUAGAGAAAAGUCCUCUGCUCCUACAUCUCCCCUGAUCCUGGAUGAGUCCAAGACAGUCAAGAUCCCAGAGUUCCCUCUGGCGCUGCUUCAGACACUGCCCAAGUGUGAAGUGCAUCCAGAUCUACACAAAAUAAUACAGGAUAAAUUCAUGGAGAUCGUGUCUCAGUACUUCAAAACUGUGCCCUCCAAUCCACACUACUUCUUCUACUGCCCAUUGCCAUCCAAGAAAGAGGAGGACUCAGAGGACGGUGAGAUGGGGAGGAGACCCAGUGAGGAUCCGGUGUCAGAGGCUGAGCCAGCUACUGAGGACGAAGCUGUGUUGGGCUGCUGCAUAAUGACAGAAAGCGACACAGAUCUGGUGGUGGAGUACGCAGAGCAGCCGGGCACCAGCUCCUACGGAGAGGGUGAAGACCAGUCCCUGUCAGACUCCAACACUGUCAACCAGGACCAGGACUCCUUCAGCAUCCUGGAGGGAGACUCCCUGCUGGAAGCUGAGGAGCCACAGCUGGACAUGCCACCACUGUUUGUUCACGUCACUUGUUCUGUCAAUAUGAAAAGCUGCCAUGGCUCCAUGCCCAUACAAACACUGCCUACUUGCCUUGGUGAGAUUAUUUCCUGCCUGGAGAAUGCUGAGGCCUUACAGACUGUGGAUUUGAAUGAGCUCUCAGUCACUUUAGACAUUUUUGUCCUGACACUACCUCUGGAGAUUGAAGUCAUGGCUGAUUUCCAUCAUAACAGGUACACCUCAGAGAGUAGCGUGUCCCUGAAUCGUUCACCAGGACAGCCCUCCUCCUACCGCUCUGAUGAGGAGCUGAUGGCAGUGUUGGACAGUCUGAGGGGAGCCGGAGUUGACGGGGUAUCUGGCGAUCCCUUAUCCAAACUCCCAGUUCCUCACAAGUUAGCAAUUCUGGCUACAAUGGACGAGAUUCGCUGGCUGCUGGAGGAUGAGAUCGUCUCUGCUCUGCGUCACUCUCGGGUCAUCAGCUCGGCCAUGCUGCAGAAAGUAGCUGAGCAUGUGCUGCGCUCCAGCGGUCGACCGCACUGUCACUGCGAGGAUGUCCCGCUUCAGUUUGUCUUUGGGCCUGAGCAGUCUCUGGAGAAAUUCAAAGAGGAGUUCCGCAGAAUGUCCUUCUCUGGCUAUGUGUUGAAUGGAGAACAGGACAGCUUCUUCUUCAUGUCUCUGAGCAGACUGCACCCUCAGAGGAUCCAUGCUGCCAAGAGUCUGUCUGAGAGCGCCGCGGACCCCCCACAACACAGCAACCCCUGCAGUGCCAGAGCUCAGGUGGAGGAUGCGGUACUAGAGAGUGAAGCGGAGGCUCAGGCAACAGAGGCAGACAGCGAGGGUGAAGACAAGAAGUCCAUCAGCGUUGUUGCAGACUCUCCCAGUGACACGACUGCAGAAACCAGUGAGCAAAUCAGAGCCUUGAAGCCUGACGCACAUGACACAGUUUCUCAGAGCUCAGUUGGCAUGGUGGUGGGGGACAGAGGUCAGCCCGGUACCCCACAGAUCCAGACCGAGCAUGGCACAGAGACCGCCUCACCCCCAAAGACGCCGUCCAGUGUCAGCCUGGCUGAGUCCUUGCAGUCAGCAUCUCACAGCUGUGGCAAACUCAGGCCAAGUCGAGUCCAGAGCGUGGUCUCCAGCCAGGGCAGUCUGGACUCAGACAUGCAGGAUAUCAGGAGUAAAAAUUCAUCAUUUGUUGUGUUCUGGUCUCAGAAUGAAGAAGAAGACAGUUGGUGCUUUCACAGAAGGAAAAGAGGGUUCAGUGCCGAGGAAAGUGGAGAAGAAGGAAGAAGAUCAGGAACUGCCCUGAAUACUUGCGACUGCAAUCAAAUGGUUGUCAGGAAGAUAGGUGAAAUCUGCAAGAAUGUCCAACAGCGUAUGCUACUGCAGGACCUACAUGACAGUCAUGUGUGUAACUCUCUGCUGGUGGCUGAGAGUGAGGAAGACAUCUGGAAGAACGAGUCUCUCUACAGGCAGAGGCUCAACGCCUCCGAUGAUUACAACACAGAGGAGAGCUACCAGGCCAGAGACUACCUGGCAGCUACCAUGCAGUUCAUCCCUGGACAUUUUGCCUGUGAUGUGGUGUGGAGCACAAUCAUCCACAUUCACCCCCGUCUCAAGAUGGGACCCAACAGGGCGAUUCAGGCCCUGCGCUCUGUGCUGAACUCUUUCUGUGUGGUCAACAGGAAGAACAUGUUUGUCUACCAGGAGCGUACAACUAAAUCAGUCUUCUACCUCAGACUUUGUGAAACAUCAUUAACAGGGAAAUACUCUGACAUGGAUGGAAACCUCCACAUGACUCGCUCCAUUGGGCUUGCCAGGAGUCAGGAGCCCUUGUUUCCAGAGGACCUUAUGGGUUCCAGGUCUUCUCUGGAUGGUUCUCGGCCAGUUGGACAGGUAGACAAGCACAUCCUGUUGCUGGUGCAUGGGGUGGGAAAUGCAGGUCCAGAGAUCACAGAUGAGCUGGUCAAGGUGCUGCGCAAGCGCCUGGAUGAAACCACCUUGGACAUCAUCACUGUCAUGCUUGUGAGGAACUGCAAGCUGACUCCGGCUGACGUAGAGUUCAUCCAGCCAUCAGGAUCUCCCGCCACUGAGGUGAUGAACUUCAGCCUCCCCCAGUACUGCCUUCCCUGGCUGCCCGCUGUGGCUCACUACCUCAGGCAGAACCUCCUCAUCUUCCUGCAUGUUCCCAAGUACACCGACAGCAACACGGCACACCAAUUCAAGCACUACUUUCAUUUGAGCAGCAACUUGCCGGACGGUGAUAUCUAUCUCUACAAUAAACCUGGAGGCCAGGGGACGGGAGGCAAAGGUACCAUGUCGGAGCUGGUUCAGCAACUCUUCCCACCUUCUCAGUUUAAAGGAAUUGCCUGCAUCGCCCUCUCAUUUGUGGACGCCCAUGGUCGUCCCCUUCAGGUUCACGCUCAAGACUGUGCCCGACCGCAGAGAUCAGAGAACUGCACAAUCCCCCUACAUCGUGACCAUUUCGAUGAGCUGACCACUGUGGGUAAAGUGUACUCUAUCAACGGCAUCUCAGGUGCAGAACCACAGCUGUAUGUGCGUUUUGACAUCUGGGAACAAGGCAACGUCAGUCCCUUACAGCUGAGUGAUAAACUGCAGGGGGCACUGCGUCAUGCACUGUGUGACGUUGUCAUGGAGCUGAGAGUCUUGCCAAAUCCUCUUUGCCUGGGGGUGCUCUGCCCCGCAACCAAAGCUCAGAGAGAAGAGGCUAAAGGACUGUUGAUUACUUUGCCUGAAGUGAAAGAAGUUAAGGACAGCCCCAGACAGCGCAGCGGCUCACGGGUCUUUAAAACCAGCCCUUCUCCUAUCACCUUAACCCAAGCUGUGGUUGGCAUCCCUGUGACAGGGACCAGCACACCCGAGUCCACAACACCCACCAGCAAGAGCACCCGCCGGAGCUUCUGGGACAUACUGAGUAAGCCAGAAUCAUCAGAGCUUGGGAGCCCUAAGACAACUGACGACAUAGUGCAAGAAAAAGGAGAGGAGGGACGAGCAGCACGACGAAGACACAAGACGGAGAACGUGAAGCAGCAGUGGAGCCAGGAGAAAGCUAUGGCCGUGGAGCUGGAGCAGGCGCAGAGGAGGCAGGUGUCUCAGCUGGAGGAGGGAGAUGUGGGAACUCUGCAUCCCAUCUACCAGGUCACCUGCCAGCCUUGGAUCACUUUCAUGUCUAAACUUGGCUGCCCUUCCAUUCAGCAGUGCACUGCUGAAAUUGCUUCUCACUUCCUUCUGCCUUCCAUCUUGGCAGAGAUUGUCAAUUUGGUCAGUUCUCUUGCCAGUGAUACAACAGUGAAGGCAUUUGAAAAGAAAAGCUGCCCCCCAUCUGGAGACAUGUUUGUACCCUUCCCUCUUGUCCAGAACCUCAGCCAGCCUCCAGGCACCACUAGGAGCUUCAUUCUCAUUGGCCGCAACUUCUAUCAGUGGCACUAUAGCACAGAGCAAGAAGACAGUUCAGAUGAGGAAAACACCCCAGUGCUAAAUAGGUUCACACCUCAUAAGGGCUUCCAGCGCUUCGAGGCUCUGGAGCAGAGUGAUUCGUUCAGUCCUGGCCAGGCCAGUGCAGGACUGGCUCCCCGCCAGAGGUUCCUCUUCAUCAGUGUCCUGGACAAAAAGGUGACUCUGUACAGCUACAACUGGUCUGUGGACCUGGGCGCCUCUCUGAAUCGGGAGCUGGUCCGCCUUGUUAAGUGGCAGAACGCGAGGGCUCACGUCGUCCACUGCCUGCUCAACCAGAAGAUGGGCCUCUUCCAUCACUACUGCUUCUCUGAUGCACCCAUCCACGAAAUGGACUCCAAGCAGGAUCCCAAUCCAUUCCUGAGCCCCUCCAUGGAGCCGGAUGCGUUGCUGCGUAACACGGUUCCUCCUUUACCCAGCAAAGAGCAGGGCAGGCUGGGUGGCUCAGGCCGAAGUCUUGCUCCGCUUCACUUCCCCUCGGAACUGCUUCCCUUUGACGAGGCUCUGAGGGACGUCUGCACCAUCCGACCCUUGAUGGAGGGGGAUGUGGUGGCCCGACAUGGCGGCCAACUCUUGGAAAUCAAAGCUGCUGAGCGGAGAGAAAUGGAGAAACAGAUGAAGAUAGAGAACCUGUUUGUGACCUGGCAGCAGAGGUCAGCACAGUCCAACAUGCCCAUUUCAGGGACAGAUUUGGAGACCCUGAAGCAGUCGUCCAGGCUGGUUCACUACUGUGCCACCCCUCUCCUCUUCGACCCCGUCUUCCGCAAGCAGAUCCAAGAGGAACAGAUCGUUCAGCCUCCAGUGAAGAAACGGCAUCGCUCCAGCGACUCCACUGCAUCAGGUCGGGACCGAAGCUACAGCACUGACUCAGCUGACAUGCUGCCCAGCCGACUGAAGGAAGAACCCUGGCUGCUUGAGAUUUCCAGCACCUUCCUCCAGCAGUAUGUCCAGUACCUGCAGAGCAUGGGCUUCAUUCUGGUCCAGGUCCGGCCUCAGUCUCCAGCUCGCAGCAUUGCCCGGGCUCGUGCUGCCAUGCUGAGCUCUAUGUCAUCGGAAGGGAGGAUGUCUUUUUCUUACGUAAAGCAGAAGAGCGAGGACAGCCCUAAGACUACAGCAUCUGGCACUACUGCAUAUCACCUCCAGAGGGCGCUGCCAGGGGGGAUCGUGUUGAUGGAACUGGCUUUUCAGGGGUGUUACUUCUGUGUGAAGCAGUAUGCUCUGGAGUGUUCCCGCAUUCCCAUGGGCCAGACAGUCAACUCCCAGGGCAGCCUCCUCACCAAACCUCGUUGCAAGCCGUUCCCAGAUGCCACCCCAGUAUCUGACUGUGCGCUCUCAAUGCUCUUCACUGAGGAGUGUGAUAAGGUUCGGGACCUGAUGCACGUCCACUCCUUCAGCUAUGACUUCCACCUGCGAGUAGUUCACCAGUACUUGGUCGGCUGCCACAUGACACUACGCCAGGGCUACCAGCUCACCGACUUCCUGGACGACUUCAUCUCCCAUCACCCAGACAUUCCCAAGUUUGGUCGCAACCACGUCUUCCAAGGGAGCUUUUCCAUCUCCACGGGGAUGAUAACAGCUCAUCAGCUCUACAACUACAUCACUGACCAUGCCAGCACCUACGGCAUGAAGCCGCUCCGCAUGUCUAAGGCUACGGUCACCACUGACAGCAAGAAAGGGACGCCUGACCUGCACGAGUACGCACUAGUGGCUCUAUGGAACAGUUCGGGCUCUUACAAGGAUCUGGAGGGCCUACACCACCAUGAUGACUUUGACGUGUCCCUGGUGGUGUGCCAUAAUGCCGCUCCAUUUGAGGAACAGUCAGACGGGGAGAGGCAUUUGCUGAGGUUGCGGUUCUAUGUGAUCAUGACCAGUCAGAGAGAGCUCUUCCCCCGCCUUACUGCUGACAUGCGUCGCUUCAAGAAGCUUCCUCAGAUCCACCGUGAUCCCGGUGAGCUCGGAGGGAGGCUCCCCCAAGAUCGAUCAGAAGGGUUGCGUGGUGCCGAGCAGGACCUCUGGGAAGAAACGUCAUCGGAAGCUGUGGCUGCCUCUGUCCCCAGCGACGGCAAUGAGUUUUACCCUCUGGCGGCGGGGGGACCAGAGGCUCAGGGGCUGCUCUACCCAUCCCCUCUGUUCCCUCUGCUCAACAAUGAGGUGGCGUCAGCCCGCAGACAGAUCCAGGCCAGCGUGGAGCAGGCGAUGGGUCACUGCCGCAGGGAUAACCUCUGGAGGAGGCUGUUUCACGGAGAGCACCUGGCCCUGGACAAACUGAAGCUAACCAAGCUGUCGUUUAGUGAGCUGGAGGAGCUGCUGGAGGCUGUGCAGAGCCGCUCAGUGGGGGAGAUCGACCCACAACUAAACCAAAAGUUCACUGACUGCUUUGUUUUGGUCUUUCUGGACACCCAAGCUGGAAAAACAAGUCUGAAGGUUGUGUUUCGGGAGCCGCUGCCGUCGCAGCCGCAGGCCAGCAACAGCCCCCCUCCUCAGCUGGUGUCCAUGUAUCAUCACCUGGAGUCUGUCAUCAACACCGCCUGCUACAAUCUCUGGACAGGACUGUUGUAGUAUUGAUCAGUGCUGGACUUAACCUCGAUUCGUGUCCAUGUAACCACGAUCGACACAUGGAGACAGGAGGCAACAGUGGAGAAAAACAGGUCAUUUGGAGGAGUACAGCGAGCAGCAUUGGGAAGAGCAUCAUACCGGAUGAGUGAAGUUACCGUAUUUCUGCAGUACCCUGUAGCACACAGGAUGCAUUUAGUAGAGAACUGAUAGCCAACAAAAAAGACCAGAGUUUCAAACAACAAACUCAAUCCUGACUACCAUCUGUUAGCCCAUCUAGCUCCAAACCAGUAGGAAAAAAUGUGAUUAAAAACUAAAUGGCUCCUAACUGGUGUGUAGAAACCCCCCAUUAGCUGGUUCAGUAUCUUUAAUCCUUUGAUAUACUUGCUUUUGACCAGGCAUUCAUGUUUGCAUUAUAACCACCACAUAUCAGCCAUAUCAGCCUAUAUCCUGGAUUCCCUCAGACCGUUGUGUGUGCAGUAAAUUAACACUGCACAAGAUGGAAUUAAACCCACAGAGGAUGGUAGCAGUGAACGUGUGUCACCGUGUUAAGUUGGAAUAUGUGAAAAUGUUCCAAUGUCGGCCAGUGUUUGUCCCAUCCUGAUCUGCCUCACAGUGGGUAAACAUUUUAAUCCACUAGUUCCUCGCAGUUCGCAGCUGCAGCAUGACCAGUACUACUCACAUUGAAGCUGUAUAUCACAAGCAUUAGGGCAAUUCAAAGUUUCUCUGGGCUUUCUCUGUCUAAAACAGCCUACAAUGCAGUUCAUCGAGCCAGGCUAACUAUGUAUGUAUUCCCUCAGUGUAUCAUUGUAGGGGCACAGCGCCUCCGCAAACGUCAGAAGAAAUAGAUGCACAUUUCUGAAACAUGAUAUUAAGCUAUAAAGAAAAUGAGCAGAGCCGCUACAUAAAGCUGGCAGACACUGUGUGUUAUAUGUUAUGUCAAAGGUGGGGAAAGUGAGCGAAAAAUCCAAUACCGAUGACAUAGAGCGAACAACGUCACAGCAAGUAGUGUAGCUAACGUUAGCUAUGUUGUGGGUUAGCAAGCGGUCGCUAAUGUUGAGGACAAGAAUAACAAGUUAGCACUGUGUGGGUCGCUCCGAUACACUUUAGGUCUCCAUUCUGUUUCAUGCACAUAGUUUUAAACUGUUCAGAGCAGUUUUUGCAAAAAAAUUGGUUCGGAACUUAAAAGGUGAUUCCCAGCUGGAACCAAAGUGGGCGUGUCAUAUUCCACAGGUCGUUGUGCAUUGUACAGCGCCCUCUGUUGAUGACGCAUCCUUGAUUACUAUGGUUCCACUCACAACGCAGUGUUUCGCUAGAUAGCCCUUAGGUUCCAAGAAGUGGUUCAAGAACCAAAACUAAUUUGAUGAAAAAACACUAUAUAUUUGUUUCCCAUUUACAAAGCCAGCGCUGCGUACAAGUCAACAAUCGGACUGUGAGGAGAUAUUCGUUAAAUUUUGAAGUGUAUUUGAUUAGAGUGGCAUUACCUAGAAAUGCUUACCCCACCCUAAACUUACACUACACAUUAUAAUCAGCCUUUCUGCACUUUGAUGUUCAUAUAGUACAUAUGUUCAACUGACCGGCCAUGGUGUGCAGCUCACACUGAAUGCACAGAACCCCCAGUCAGUUUUGACAAUUCCAGUAACAUUUAAUAAAAAAAGACCAUGUCCCCCAAAGAGAGAAAUGCAACUUUUGCUUUGUGCAAUUCUACUAUGAAUGGAAAGUAAAAAGAAUAUGAAGCCAGAGCUGAAAGAUACAGACAAUAUGGAGUCUGUUCUGCAGUGAGUCAGCAGUCUCAAACUGCCAGAAAUCUAAAGGAUCAUCCAUAAACCAGAUUAUUGAUCAUUCAGGCAAUUAAUCAGGUGCUGUGACCUUAAUCUGAACGCCAAGUGACAACUGAUCUGGCGGACGUUUGUCUCGAUCUGGCGGAUAUUUGGGGCAACCAAUCAAGGUUAAAAUUGGGCUUAAUAAUCCACAAACUGUCUGCCAGGCUUUAGACGGCAAAGGCCACUUAUUUAAUGAGAGAGGCGAUUACUUUGACCUUCAUCUCGUAACUACAUUGAUAAUGAGGAUCAGGAUCUCAGCAGGUGACGGAUCCAUCACAUAAAUUCGCUUCACAGUAAUUAAUCAAAGUAACACAUGACGAUGUUGGGGAAAUCAGCUUUUACAAGCUGGAAAAGGUAGAGGUAACGGGCUAAACCAGGGGGGCAGCAUCGCCCACCACCUCAACUAAAGCUGGAUAUACACUGUACGAUUUCGCAAAAUAAUGUUUAAUUCCAACUCCUGCUGUACGGGUAAAUUGUCUGCGUUGUAAAGCUAAACUCGCGACCUGACCUUACACCGCCUGUGAAAAUGAAAGAGCCCAUUGGCCCCUGCAGACCGCUCUGCCUAUUGACAAUUGCCAUUUGAAAGCUCCAAGGCUUCGAGGCUAGCAACUUGUAACAAACUGAACACACAGAAACUGGCUUAAGCGGUACAGUGUAUGCCCAGCUGAAGCAGUUCCCAGGGUUCAGCGUACCACGAUGAGGACACACUUUAGCCAAUAAUAUUCAGUGUUUGAAAGAUGCAGCUUGUGUUAUCAAAGUUUUACACAGUCCACAGUCCAUAGACUAGUAGGAGUUCAGACUCCACCUGCAACUGAGCAGGUCUAUGAAGUCUGUAUCGUAUCGGACACCCUGUUGGGUCGGGUCCUCAGGGUUUUCAGGGAUCAGGUCUGUCUGAAGACCUUAAGCACAGAGCCUUUUACUGAUCGGCUGACCAUUCUGAGCAGUAAAAGUGGAAAGCAGAUGAGAUUUGUCCAUCUCUCGUGGAUCAGGACCUGGAAGGUCUUGGAGUUCUGUGCUCUGACACAUAUUCUGAUGACCUGAUGGUUAAGGAAACAUUUUUACCAGUGGAGAAAUCGCUGCUGGAUUUCUUUCUCCUCAUAUUUGACUGCGAAUCACUAAAUGUAUAUCAGCAGUCUGGGUUAACUGAAUCUGAUGCUUCAGCGGACGUCAUAUAUAUGAUGGAUGUGUCCCACAAAUCCGUUUGCUGGUUUGUCUGUUUUAGGGGUCAACCAAACACCAGCUUGCUGUUGGUUGAGGCUGUGACUUCUCCAGUUAAAGUUCACCAAUUUUGAGCUCCACGCACAACGCAGAUGCUAAUCUCUUUUACCACUGGAAGCAAAGGUUUAAUUCACCCUUUGCUUGCAGGGAAUGAAAGUGAAUUGGAGGACUCUCGUUGCAUGUGUGACCAUGCUGAAAUGCAACAAAAGCCAGUCAUAAACAACCCACAACAAACGCUUCUGGCUUUAUAACUGCAGAGGUUUCAUACUCCACAGCUUCAUUAAUUGGUUUGACGUAUCUUGUGCCUUCUGAUAGUAUUUUGCUAGCUCUUCAUACAGUGUUUUAUAUGAGUGAGAGUCAGCUGAGAUGUCGGAGUGCAGAGUGGGAAGGCUUUAAUGUUAGAUUUUCAAGUGUCAAACCUGUUACUCACUUGAACCCCACUGCCAUAUCUGGUGCCCUGAAGUGCCUUUCUCUGUUUACUUUCUCCUUUUUCCCCCCUUUUUUUAUUCCCUAACCUAUGAAGCGAUACUGUUGUCAUUCCAUCAGCUCUGCAUAGAAGAUCUUUGGAAACACACACUCCUGAUGUUAUGUAGUGAAAGUCAGUUCAGAGAAUGUGACAGAAAAAAGAAAUUGCCUUUCAUAAGAAAGAAAAUGGGUCACAUUAACUUUGAUGAUUUGCAUAAUAGCAUGCCAUAUGUCAUCAGUGCAGAGUGUUUCCAAAGCAUGUUCAGGGUGAUGAGUUUGACUUGUGUUGUGUAUUCUGAAACAGUGCAGCUGGUAAUCGCACCUCAAUUUACAAGAGGGCGGAAGCCAAGACAUCGCUACAAACAGAGGCUUGGUAUUCGUCACAGUACUUUGAUUAAUGACAUACUCAACGGCCUUAGAUUUCUACACCUUUUCACUGGAAGGAAACCAAAUACGUGUUUGAGCUUCUUCGUGGAUGUAAAAUGAAGAAAUGUUGAGCAAAACAGUGCUGUCACUGCUCAGUCUGAAUGUUAAACACUGGAUAUUCAUCGUGCAAAAUGUGAACUGUAAAAAGUUAGCCCUUAGCAUUUUGACUCUGUGAUAUAAACACUGCACUGUCCCUGACUGUAUAUUGUAUAUUAUGUAUAUACAGAAGACUUUAUACAGUAUGUGAAAUGCUAAAUAAAGCAGUAGGAUGAA